AUGGGGGAGGAGAAGGAGACCUGCGGGCGCUUGAAGGCGCUGAAGCUGCACAUUCCGCUGAACCGGUACCUGCUGCUGUUCCUGUACCUGGUGGUGGUGCUGCUGCGCGGGUGCACGUACUGGGGCUGGAACGGCAUUCAGGAAAUGCUGUACAAGUCCGGCGCGUACUUGUGGGAGUGCGGAGACCCGGAAAGCGUGACGGAGCUGCGGAUCGGCGGCGCGAAGUACGUGGACUGUCCGGCGCGGAAGCAGAUGCUGGGCGGGAUCUUCACGACGGCGCUGGGCUCGAACAUGCUUUCUUCCUUCCUCGCGGGCAUUGUUUUGGACGCCGUGGGCCCCAAGAUCACAAUGUUGAUAGGAGUGGUGAUGGACAUCGUGGGUUGGCUGCUGCUGGGCUUCUCGGGCGAGGGUUUCCGCGCCUACUACGCAGCAGCUUUCUGCAUCGGCGUGGCCUCCGACCCGGGCUAUUUGCCGCUGAUCUCGAUCAGCAAGUUAUUUCCCAGCAACUCUUCGUUUGUAAUUUCAAUCAUGGGCUCCGUCAGGUCCAUUUCUUUCGCAAUUCCAGUUGUCAUGUCUGCGGUUUUCCAGAGCCCCUCCUUCCGGCCCGAGGACCUCUGGCAGAUGUGCGUGGGCUACGUGGGCGUGGGCCAGGGCCUGUCGUUGCUGGUGACUCUGCUGUUCGUGCCAAUGGCUUCUUUCAAGGCCCCAGCAGCAGCAGCAGCGGGGGAGCAGCAGCAGCAGCAGCUGCCGGCGGAGGAGCUGCGGGACGCGUCGAAGGAGGACGGGUCGGUGUCGACAGCAGCAGCAGCAGCAGCAGCGCGGCAGAGGGACAGCAGGUCGUUUUGGCAGCUGCUGGUGGACCCGAAGUUCCUGCUGCUGCUGCCGAUCUUCUGCUGCGCGCUGGUGCGCUCGGACUACUACGCGAAGUCGAACAAGGAGCAGCUAAUUACUUCUUCCGGACAAGAUCUUUACCAAAUGUUUGCAAUUUUCAACAUUUUGAGUUUCAUUCCGGGCCCCGUUUUCGGCCGGCUGGUGGAUCUGUACGGGAUCAUCGUGGUGCUGCUGCUGCUGAACACUUCGGGUGUAUGCAUGUUUCUGUUUCUGAUCUUCGACAACCUGGCGUGCAAAGGCAUUUCAAUUGUUUUCUUUUUCGUCUACACUUCUUUUGUCCUCAGCAACGUCUACUGUUUCAUUUCAAUUCACUUUCCCGAACACGCUUUCGGAAAACUUGCAGGAUUCACUUCUGCUGCUGGCGGAGUCUUCGUGCUGCUCAGCAUGUUGUGGUACAAGAAGGUCCUCGAGUUCGAGGCCCCCCGCAGCUUCGUGUUUGUGGACGGGCUGAUGGUUGCUGCGGGCCUGUUGGUGUACGUGUUGAUCUUUUUGCUGCGCCGCGUCAGCAGCAGACAAGCAGCAGCAGCAGCAGCAGCAGCAGGCAGCAGCAAGGUCCGCGAGCAGAAGACCUUCGCCGACUCCAACGAGCCCGGCUCCACCCUCUCCGUCUGA